AUGGCGGUUACUAGGGAAUCUGUGCAUCAGAGUCCAACGUCUGAAACGACCAAGGAGUCGUUCCCCCAAACCGGUGUAGAUCUUGGGCAAGGCCAGUAUGCGUUGAACACAUGCAUUGAGGUAGCCUGCGAAAAUCACAAGAAUACCAAGGCUGUCUUGAGAUUAUCCGGCAACUUCUCUGUCGAGUACAGCCAGGAUGCGGGACUAGUGCAGAGGGACGCCCUGAAGCCUUGUGAGGCAGCAGGCUGCACUUUGCAAACAACGGUUGCACAGAACGACCCGACUCCUCGGCUCUAUGCUUUGGCUCUGCAAAAUGCACUUCUCAAGGGCACUAUAUUGAAGCUCGGCUCAGAAUGCGACAAGAAUACGACGCAAGACCACUCGGAUUGUUCUUCGACAUCAGACUCAAGUCAAACCGGAAGUGAUGAUUCUGUUGCCACUUCGGAAUCAAAGGACAGCUCCAGUGAUGCCAGUUCGGUAGCGGAUUCGAACAGUGCAGAUGACCUGGUAGCGAAAGCCAAAGAUGACGUAUCAGAGACCCGAAACAACGCUGAAGGAGGGAAUCAAGUCAACACCUUAAAGCCAAGCCUCUUGAUUCCGUCCGAGAAGGACCCAGGGGAAGAUCGCACAGAAACCCCUGCAAAAGAUUCUCCACCACCCGCAGCCCCAAAUAGCGAGAACGCCAAGCCGGUGGAAGCUGCAAUCGAAACGGCGCACGAGGCCGUUAAGUCAACCGGGGAGCCGGAGCUAGACUUUAGUCGAGUAUCGGAAUCAGCAUCGCACCCCAGAGCAAAGGACGAGACUCCGGCAAAUAGCGUAGCGAAGAAGCUAAGCAAAGAUGCCAAGUCACAGCGGUCCGCUGCGCUGAAGAAAAAGAGAGAAGAAAGGAAGAAGGAGCAUGAGGAGCAGGUCGAGGACUUGAUGGAGGAGAUUUCCCACCAACGAGAAGUCCUCCGGUCACGACGAGACCAGAAAAAGCAAAAGCAAAAGCUACAAGCACUUCAGAAACAACUGGAGCGCCUAUGCCAGAAGGAGCUCGAAGACGAUGAGUACGUGACGAGUGACGACGAGGAGGACGCAGAGGAAGAGGCAUCGCCAGAGAAGGCAACACCAACUGCGGAAGCGGAAGAUAAAUACGCAGAAGACAACGAUGCCGACCCAGACAAAAAAGAGUCUGAUUCCGCAGCAGCUGACGUGGACAAGGAGAGCGAGCCAGAGGAUAACAACGCCUGGCCCACCCUCAGCUCCAAGGCGAAGCAGGAAUGGGAGGACCGGAAGAAGUCAAGGGAGGAAUCUAACACUCACCUUGACGGAAUCAUGGACUUUAUCGGGCUCGAGUCUGUGAAGACCAAGAUGCUCGAAAUCAAGACCCUGGUCGACACUGCCCGGCGCCAGGACGUCAAUCUGUCCAAAGAGCGAUUCAACACUGUCUUGGUGGGAAACUCUGGCACCGGGAAGACAACUCUAGCCAAACAUUACGCCAAAUUCCUGUCAUCACUUGAGCUUGCCGACGAUAUGUUGACAACCUCUUCCGGCUCAAAACUCGUGUACGAGGGCAUCAACGAACUCAAGAACGCUAUCAGCGCAAUCGAUGAGAGAGGUGUCGUGUUCAUAGACGAUGCCCACAUUCUCCGUCCUGAUAUCAGCUGCACAGGCCGCAAAGUGCUCGACUAUCUCGUGACUGAGAUGGACAGGCUACAAGGGCAAGUCAUCUUCAUCUUCACGGGGUCCGGAAAGGACAUGGAGACAUUCAUGACCCACAACAAGAGCCUGCAGAGCCGGGUUCCGUUCACAAUCAGCUUUGACGACUAUCAGGAUGUGGAGCUGCUCCAGAUCCUUGAGAAGCAGCUUCACGACAAGUUCAAUGGCAAGAUGAAGGUCGACAAAGGUUCCAGUGGUGUGUACAUGCGAAUCGUAGCCCGUCGUAUUGGCAGGUGUCGGGGACCUUCCAGCUUCGGAAAUGCCCGUGAGGUUGAGAACACACUGCUGCGAAUAUUGUUCAGACAAGCCGCUCGACUGGAAGAGUCCAUCAAAGCGGAGAAGAAGGUCGAUGACCUUUUCCUCACUAUGGAGGACAUCGUUGGACCACCACCUACAGCUGCUCUGGAGAAGAGCAAGGCCUGGAAGAAUCUUCAAGCCAUGGUCGGGCUCAAGUCCGUGAAGGAGUCCCUCAAGGCCCUGGUACAUCGGCUCCAGAUCAACUACGACCGUGAGCUCGCUGAGAAGCCCAUUGUGGACUGCCCAAUGAAUAGAAUCUUUCUCGGAAAUCCUGGAACUGGCAAGACCACCGUGGCAAAAUUCUACGGACAGAUCAUGGUCGACAUUGGGCUGCUCACCGACGGAGAAGUCGUGGUGAAGAGCCCGGCCGACUUUAUAGGGGAGUAUUUGGGUGAGUCGGAGAACAUCACAAAAAGGAUUCUCGCUUCAACGAGAGGCAAAGUCCUCAUUAUCGAUGAGGCUUAUGCGCUCAGCGACAGCAGUGACGAGGCGAACGAGCACGGGUCUGGAAACAUCUACAAGACCGCCAUCAUUGACACUCUGGUCGCCAACAUCCAGGGCGGCCCCAACGAGUGCAUCUUGCUGCUCGGAUAUAGGGACAGAAUGGAGCGAAUGUUCCAGGCCUCGAACCCUGGCCUAACCCGCAGGUUCCCAAUGUCAUCCGCUUUCGAGUUUGACGACUUCACGGAUGAGGAACUGCGCGAGAUCCUCGACCUGAAGCUAAAGGAACAGAGCUACACCGCACCGGACGACGCCAAGAACGUUGCGAUGGAGGUGCUCGCCCGAGCAAGGAACCACCGCAACUUUGGAAACGCCGGCGAGAUCGACAUUCUCCUCAACAGGGCUAAAGAGCUGCAGCAGGGCCGGCUCGCCUCGUGCACCGAAGAGUAUGACCCGUUCUUGCUGGAGUCUCAGGACUUCGACGCCGACUUCGACAGACCUACCCAAGCUGAGGUCCGCAUCCGAGACCUGUUCAAGGACUUUGUGGGUGCCAACGAUCUUGUCGAGAAGCUUGUGGCCUACUCACGUAUGGCGCAAAACGCAAAGGCGUUGGACAUGGAUCCGCGCGCACAAAUUCCCUUCAACUACCUCUUCAGAGGGCCUCCAGGCACGGGCAAGACUACGACAGCUCGGAGAAUCGGGCAGGUCUUCUACGACAUGGGGCUGUUGGCCACCAAUCAAGUGUACGAUUGCUCAACAACAGACCUUAUCGGCGAGUUCCGCGGUCACACGGGACCCAAGACCCAGAAGGUCUUCCAGAGAGCACUUGGCAAGGUUCUCUUCAUCGACGAGGCGUACCGACUCAAUGACGACGACUGUUUCGGAAAGGAAGCCCUCAUCGAGAUGCUUAACCUCCUGACCAAAGAGGCGUACAAGAACAAACUCGUGGUCAUCCUCGCUGGCUACAACGACGACAUCAACAAGCUCCUGAAGGUAAACGUUGGGCUGGGCAGUCGGUUCCCAGAAGUGAUCCAGUUCGAGAGCCUCAAGCCCAAGGACUGCGUGCAACUAUUCGUCCAACGCCUCGAGGAGCAGAAACUUGACGUCACGGCGGUGAAGCCUGCCCCGGUCAAAGACAAACUGCAGAGCUCCUUCGAGAGGCUGUGCGCGCUGCCGGACUGGGGCAACGCCAGAGAUGUCGACGCACUGGCGAAGGCAGUAUUUGGCAGGAUAUUGAAGGGCUCCAGCGCUGAAAAGCCGGACAUGGUGGCCAAGGUUGACGAGGUCACCGCCGAGGUCGACGAGAUGAUUGCAGAGAGAGAAAAGCGGAAUGGAGACUCAUGUCCCGUUACGCAUUUAUACCUAUAG